AAAAAAACUUCCUUCAUAUUCAUUUCGAGAGGAAGAAUCGCUGCUGUGAGCGACAGAGAAAGCGCAAGACAAACACGCACAUUCGCAGCAGUUGACUUCGGUGGGACUCGUAAAUCUCCGUUCGCUGCGAGACAUCCGCGCGAGUUUCUUCCUCAAAACUUCCCAAACAGCAAAGACGUGGAAGUUUUCUAACGGUCCCUCUACGCACCUGGACCAAAAGCUUUUGUGUGCUUUAGCUGGUUUAAACGUGACUCUUUUUUUCCUCGUUACCUUUGCAGAAACGCGCGCUGCACGAGAGAAAUCUGGCUGAGUGGCUUGUUUUGAUCAACUUCAGCGUGGGAUAUUUUCUAUGGAGAACGCUUGUUUUGGAGUAAUGUUUUACAAACCUAAAUAACUCCCACAAGAAGUGCACUUCAGCACAACCCAGUGCUCACAAUAACAUCCAGAGAUAGCUCUAUGCUGCCAGUGUUGAUGGGCCAGUGCUGCCCACAGCUGUGUGAAUGAGCUGACUCGGCCCAUCCUCCUCGCCCAGCUGCCGUGGCAUGACUUCUCUCAGGAUGAUGAAGUCAUGGCAUUUGCUUCUCCUGUGGGUUAUUCUAGCUCAGCUCCCCUUGGCCCACUCACGUCCUGCAGUAACCGAACAAGGUCACGCUGUAGCGUCUUCUGAGGAUGAGGAUGACGAUGAGUCAUCAUCAGAAGAGAACAAGCCGUCAAGUAGCCAGGAGCUCUUACCAAUGGCACCUCAUUGGGCCCAACCUGAAAAGAUGGAAAAAAAGCUUCAUGCUGUACCAGCCAGCAAAACGGUGAAAUUCCGAUGUCAGGCCGAGGGAAACCCGACUCCGAAACUACGCUGGCUCAAGAAUGGAAAAGAGUUCAAAAGAGACCAGCGCAUCGGGGGCUACAAGCUGCGGGAACACAUGUGGACCAUAAUCAUGGAGUCCGUGGUGCCCUCAGACAAGGGCAACUACACGUGCCUGGUGGAGAACGAAUAUGGAAGCAUCAAUCACACCUAUCAGCUGGAUGUAGUGGAGCGAUCGCCUCACAGGCCCAUCCUGUACGCUGGUCUCCCUGCAAAUCGAACAGCUGUGGUCGGCAGUGAUGUAGAGUUUGUUUGCAAGGUCUUCAGCGAUCCCCAGCCUCACAUUCAGUGGCUCAAACACAUAUAUGUGAACGGAAGCAAACUGGGACCUGAUGGACUACCUUACGUACGCGUCCUAAAGACGGCAGGCCUCAACACCACCGACAAGGAGAUGGAGGUGCUCCAGUUGAGGAAUGUGUCCUUUGAGGAUGCUGGGGAGUAUACUUGCUUGGCAGGCAAUUCAAUUGGGAUCUCCCAUCAUUCAGCUUGGUUGACCGUUGUCAAAGCCCCUACCACUCCCUCUGCAGUCCCCAGUCAGUCCUACCUGGAGGUGCUGAUCUACUGCGUUGGAUUCUUCCUCAUCUUCCUCAUGGUAGGAAUCGCCACCAUCGUCAAAGUCCACAGCUCCUCCAAGAAGAGUGACUUCAACAGCCAGCUGGCUGUCCAUAAGCUGGCCAAAAGCAUUCCUCUCCGCAGACAGGUGUCGGUGGAAUCCAGUUCCUCUCUGAACUCUGGUGUGAUGUUGGUCCGACCUUCACGACUCUCCUCCAGCGGGACGCCCAUGCUGUCAGGGGUGUCUGAGUACGAGCUGCCCCAGGACCCAUGCUGGGAGGUGCCCCGAGAGAGGCUUGUACUUGGGAAACCUCUGGGCGAGGGCUGCUUUGGUCAGGUGGUGAUGGGCGAAGCCAUUGGACUGGACAAAGACAAGCCCAACCGCAUAACUAAAGUUGCUGUGAAAAUGCUGAAAUCUGAUGCCACCGAGAAGGAUCUGUCUGACCUCAUCUCAGAGAUGGAGAUGAUGAAGAUGAUUGGAAAACACAAGAACAUCAUCAACCUGCUCGGAGCUUGCACCCAGGAUGGCCCUCUGUAUGUCAUCGUGGAAUACGCCUCUAAAGGAAACCUGCGGGAAUAUCUGCGUGCCCGCCGGCCGCAUGGCAUGGAGUACUGUUACAAUCCUGACCAGGUGCCUGUGGAGAGCAUGUCCAUUAAAGACUUGGUCUCCUGUGCCUACCAGGUGGCUCGUGGCAUGGAGUACCUGGCAUCCAAAAAGUGUAUCCACAGAGACUUGGCGGCACGCAAUGUACUUGUUACAGAGGACAGUGUGAUGAAGAUAGCAGACUUCGGUUUGGCCCGGGAUGUUCAUCACAUAGAUUACUACAAGAAGACUACAAAUGGCCGGCUGCCUGUCAAAUGGAUGGCACCUGAGGCUUUGUUUGACAGGAUUUACACACAUCAAAGUGACGUGUGGUCUUUUGGUGUUCUUCUGUGGGAGAUCUUCACUCUGGGGGGCUCGCCUUAUCCAGGAGUGCCAGUGGAAGAGCUCUUCAAGCUACUGCGGGAAGGUCAUCGCAUGGACAGACCCUCAGCCUGCACUCAGGAGAUAUAUCUAAUGAUGAAAGACUGCUGGCAUGCAGUUCCCACACAGAGGCCAACUUUUAAACAGCUGGUAGAAGACCUUGAUCGCACUCUGUCCAUGAUAUCCAAUCAGGAGUAUCUGGACCUUUCUGUUCCCCUGGAGCCCCUGUACUCUCAGGUCAUCCUGAAUGAACGGAGUUCCACCUGCUCCUCCGAGCCGGACUCAGUCUUUUUAAGAGAGUCUGGACCCGAAGAACCCUGCAUCCCUCCGACAGUCCCCUCACAACAAACCAUACAAUCCUUCAAAAAACGCUGACAGUAGAGAACACCUGCACCUCCAUGUUCACAGAAGACCUCUCUACAUCUUUCUGCUUUCUGUGACUCGUAAACUCUGCAGGCUCAGAGACUGAGGUCAGCCUGCGCCGUUCUAGCACAGAAACGCAAGCGGGAGGAAACGUUUCAUACCAGCAGACUCUCAAAAACAAGACUGAUCACAACAGAGAGUCUCACGUGGGGAACUAUCACACUUUCUGUCCAUCGAUUGUCCUUCAGAGGGUUCAAUCCUCACAAAUAAGAUGUUCAAAAAGCAUCACAGAAGGAUAAAAUGCUUAUCAACGGCAACAAAGUCAAUGGGGUGGAGAAAUAUUUCAUGUGUUACCCAGUGGAGUAUGUUGGCUUUGUAAAUGUGGUUAAAUUGUACAAAUAUGAAAUUCUAUAAACACAAUGGUUUUAUAUUACUAUUAUAAUUAUUAUUAUUUUUGUAUGAGCUUGUUUAUUCCUUUUUUUGUUCAAGAACAUGAUCCGCAGCACAGUGUUCUAACCAGUCACAACAGUGACGAACAACAUUUGUUGUUCUUUGCUUUAUUUUUAUUUCUACAGUCUGCAGUAUUGGCUUGACCAAUAGCUUGAAUUUGGAGCGGGAAUAUCUGUUUGUUUGACCAAUGGCAGAUGGAGUAAUCCUUUAGGAAACCUGUUUGGAAACAGUAUUUUUUUGCUCUUUGUCAAUGCUAGUUGUGCAGAAAUUACACACUUCACCUUUAAAUGUCAAAUAUGUUCUGGCUGGUUGUGAUUGUGUUGCAUUUUCUCUUUCACUGUGGAAAAAUGAAUAACUUAUGGUUAAAAAUUUAAUCUCGAGUCUGUAUAGAAGAUGAUGUCACAGAUUUAUGGAAGACUUAUGACUUAUCUAUAUGUUAAAAUAAGCUACAAAUGAAAUCUGUUACUCAUUGCUUGCAGUUACAAUCAUAAGGUGUGGUUACCUUUUGUUUGGUGUCCUGAAAGAGUAAAUUCAAGUGUGACUGAAUGUUUAGUAACUAUUAACAUGAAACAGCUGUUUAGCAUUAGCAUGGUGGUUGACAAUCUGUUAGCACCAGUUUCAGAGCAUUGCAUGUCUGUAGCUUCUUCAUAAUUUGAAGCUAGACUCUCAAACGACAGGGUUUAUAUGACAGGAUUGGCAACUUGUUGUGAGGAACAGUGCACAUUUUAUUCUCGAAUAGAGUUUUGAUGCAUUUGUGAUUGUUUAUGGUACGUCCUGAUGUGAAUUUCGAGGCAGUGGCCAUGCACUUAUAUUCAGGCUUUCAAUAAGCCGACUGAUACUGCCUUUCCUGUGGGAAUAUAAAUAAAAAUGUUAUAUAUAAAAUA